AUGUCAAUUUUAGAAGCCAAUCAAUCCAAAAUAAUACUACAUCCCAAGCCAGGAUUCGUUGUCAAAACCAAAAUUCUAGAGUCCAAAAAAAAUGAAGAAAUAUUAACAAAAGCAUUUAUAAAUAUAUGCCAUGAUAAUCAAGUACCAAAACCUUCAGUGGAAUUCGAACCAGAAAUUGUUUUCCCAAUGAUUAUAGAAAACCAAUGGGAAAUACCUAUAGUUGUAUCAAAAGCUAGACAAUCAAAAGAUAAAAAGGGAUUUCCGUCGUUGGUAUAUGAUUGUUGUGUAAAUUCUCAAUGUUUCCAAUGGUGUCAAUUAAAUAAAGAUUUAAGACUAAUAUUAAUUGAAUGGUGUAUUGAACUGGUGGAAAUGAUAAAUUUAAUAACUUUGGAAAGAGAUUAUAGUAUACCCAAAAUGUUAUCAAAGGGUGAUAUCAAGGAAAUUGAAAUUACAAGUGAAGAGUUAAAUGAUAUAGGAUUUAAAAAGUUGAAUGAUUUGAAGCAAAAUGAAACUUUGGGAGUGCUAGAAGAAUUAAAUGGCGAGGAUGAUGAUAUAAUGCAAGAUGAUGGAUUACCAGAUUUAUUCAAUAGAGGAAACGUGAGGCCGCAAAAGAAGUUAAUAGAAGAACUUGAUGACUUACCGGAAAAGAUGGAUAUAGUGAAAGAAAAAAGUGUCGAACCUAUAAAGUAUAAUUUGCAAUUUAAGAAAAUAGAUAUCGAACAAGAGUACAAAUUGUGUAUCAUUUUUGAGUCAGACAAUUUAGAUUAUGAAUUAAAAUAUUCAUCAAAAGAUUCAUCUGUGCUAAUUACAAGUCUAUCUGAGUCUAAAUUUUCUCAAGGUUCACUGUUGAAAAUACCAAUAUCGCCUGAUCUACAUGUUGACUUUGAUAAAAUCACAUCCUAUCAAGUUUCAAAGAAGUUUUACAUUUUUUUGUGA